UCAGUUGCGGCACAGAGACGCGGAUAGUUGGAGCUUGCGGGUGAAAUGAGCUGUAUUGGAUGAGUGAAAACAACAAAACAAAAAGUGCCGUUACUGAAUUUGGACACUUGGAAAUACAGGAGCUAUGAGGCGACAGACCAUAGCCUUCCUCUUGCUGCAGCUCACUUUUAAGCUUUCGUCAUGCACACAAAUCCAGAUGAUGCAGGGAUCCUCCGUGGAGCUUCCCUGUUUCCAUUCAGGCAGCGACUUCGCUGAAGGAAAUAUCACCUGGAAAUUCAAUGGUAACGACAUAAAUCCCACUGGGGAGUCAUCUGGCUCAGUGAAGGUCAUAAAGAAUGGCUUGUUCCUCUCUUUAUCACCUGUAACAUCUGCCCAUAAUGGCAAGUAUCUUUGCUUGGUAAAGAAGAACAACGAGGAGAUGAUCAAAAUAUAUGACCUUGUGGUUGAUGGAUCGCUCCGCUACACUAUUACGGUGGCUGAGGGCUCUGAUGUGACGCUCCCAUGUUUUUUCCCACCUUCCCAACGAAUCACCACCAACGCACUGUGGUUCAAAGAAACAGGGGACGGUAAAAAAACAAGGCUGAAUCUUGAAGAUGACUCGAUACAUGAAAAGAAAGUGGAGCUGCUCUACGGACUUGACCCAGAGCAGACCAUCAUACUCAGACGAGGGGCAGCGGAAGAUGCUGGAGUUUACAUCUGUGAAUCUGCUGGAGGGGAGAGGCUCAGCACUCUCAACCUUGUCUUUGAAGCUCGUCCGACGACUCCUCCGCGCUCAUGCCAGGACUUCAAUGAAGUGUGGGGGCCCUGCCAGGACGAGAACAGCCGCACAGCCGGACCCCUUCUGCAAGAAUCCUUGACAGAGUUUUCUAUGAAGUUGUAUUCUCACCUUCGAGCACAAGAACCCUCAAGAAACUUGCUCAUCUCUCCCAUCAGCAUCAGCGGGUUUCUCUCACAUUUGCUGUUAGGUGCGAGAGGUGACACGCGCAGAGCCAUUGAGAGGGCCAUCUGCCUGCCUCACGACUUCCAAUGUCUUCACUCCCAGAUGAAGAAGAUGAAGGAAGAAAUGGCCCAUUCCUUGCAAAUGGGUUCCCGAAUCUACUAUAACCCAGAAAUGCAUCUGAGCGAGUCCUUUAUCAACCAGUCCAUUCAGUACUACGAAGCCGAGCCCGUAAAACUCCUUGCAGACAGCGGGGAAAACAUUCAGAUGAUAAACAACUGGGUGGCGAAUCAGACCAAAAACAAAAUCACUAAUUUGAUUGACCAUAUAUCCCCCAAUGCUCAGUUGAUCCUUAUCAACGCUGUUUCUUUUACUGGUCAGUGGAUAGUCAAGUUUACGAAAAAGUCACAGAAAGGACAUUUCACAAAAUUCAACGGCGAUUUAGUAAAGGUGCCCAUCCUUUAUGAUUCAAAGUACAUGGCGACUGUGACGCAUGUGACUGAGCUGAAGGCCCGGGUGGCGAGGUUUGCUCUCUCAGGCAACAGCGGUCUGUACGUUCUGCUGCCUAACAGAAACACGCUGGCUGACCUGCAGCAGGUAGAAGAGAAGCUGACCGACGCAGCUGUGCGUCGGAUGGUGGAACAGCUGGCAGCGACAUCUCCGCAGCACAUCGAGGUCACUCUGCCCCAAAUCAAGCUGGAAUGCGAGCCAAACAUGGACCUGCUCAUCAAAAAAUUAGGUCUGGUCUCCCUCUUCGAGGAUGCCAACCUCUGCGGCCUGGACUCCGAGGGGGAGGCCAAGCUGGACCAAGCCAGACACAAAGCUUUCCUCGCACUGACCGAGCAAGGAGUCGAAGCCGGCGCCGUCACCUCUUUCUCAUUCUCUCGCUCGCACCCUAACUUCUCAGCGCUGCGGCCUUUCAUCCUGCUGGUGUGGAGCGAUGAAGCCAAAGUGCCUCUCUUUAUCGGCAGGAUGACUGAUCCGUGAGGCGCGGAGAGGGAAAUCUACCAGAGGCAAAUGAGGAGGAAAUACAAUACAUGUUUAAUGAAAGCAGCUUUUUUUUUUUUUUUUUUUAAGAAAAAAAAUAGUAAUGAACCAGAUAAGAUCAAUUUUGCUUCAAGUAUUUACCGUAGUGAGAAAUGUAUGGAGCCAAAUCAAGGCCAAAAGUUUUGCUAAUUUGAAAAUAAAAUUUGAACCUGAAAA